AUGGAGUACUUUGAUUUCGAGGGCGCCUCGUCUGCGCACGGCUCUUACCAGCAAGAUGAAGACGUCGCUUCAAUUGAUAUUGAACUCGGCGACGCCGAAGAACAAGAAGCCGACCUCAAUGACUUGAUGCAGGAUCAGGUAUCUGAGUUACCCAAUGACCUGGUACUGAACCAGUCCAAAAUGCAUGUCGGACAAGCCAUCGAUUCCGAUGGAGUUUAUCCCAUGUUCCGGGCCCAGGAACCGUGCGACUUUUGCGGGCGAAUGGGACUGGACUGCUUUGUUGCAAAGCGCGGUGCCCUUAACUAUGGUUGCACCUGCUGUAUCUCACUCUAUCGUGAAUGCAGUUUUACCCAUGCCAAAACCUCUGGAAAGUUCCUCCAGACAUUACAUAGUGUGUCAGAGAAUGCCCACGUUCCCAUGGGCAGCCUGACGGGAAGGAAAGCCCUCAAAUCACUCUCAUACAACGCAUAUUCAAAUGACCAAGAUGCCAGAUCUCAGAAAAGCGGCGCUCGAUUCUCACGCAAGGCAAUCAGCAUUUUGAAGGGCUGGCUGCGAGACCACAACGAGAACCCUUAUCCCACCGAGCAAGAGAAGGACGACCUCAAGCAAGACACCGGUCUGACGCGAACUCAAAUUGCCAACUGGCUCGCCAAUGCUAGGCGGCGCGGGAAAGUUCGCUCCUCAUCUGGAAGCAGUUCUCCCGUCCCAGGAGCGGUGGACAUCCCCAAGAAGCAGUCUGUCGACGUAUCUCUCAUGACACCUCUCGAGCGUUGGAAAUACUCACCUCCCGAAAACGAAGCCGCCACGAUCAGUGAUAUUAACCGUGCUUUGGCCAAUCCGCCAUUCGAUCCCUCGCGUCCACGCCGGGCCCCAUCGAGUCACGUGAGGCCCCGGCGUCCUGGGUCUAGUAACAAUGAGUCAAGCCUGGAUGCUAGCUCCGAACAUAUACUGUGCACCGCCUCUGCCAGUAGUUUGGAUACCAGUCGGUCAUCUAUAUCCGACCUUUCUUUUGCUUCUGCCUUCUCUCACCGAUCAUCUCUAUCAUUUGGCUCGAUGGACCGCAAGGAACGUCGCCGUCGCCGCAAGACUUCAGUACCUGCCAACACAUUGGCCCACUCAAAAGCUAAAUCUGCUCGUCCUUUCCAAUGUACCUUCUGUACCGACUCAUUCCAUGCUAAGUAUGACUGGCAGCGGCACGAGAAAUCUAUCCAUCUCAUCUUGGACAAAUGGACCUGUUCUCCCCAUGGUGGUUCAGUUGACGAGAACGGUAUACCGCUUUGUGUCUUCUGCUUGGCAGCUAAUCCAGACGCCGAACAUCUCGAAGAACAUAACUUCAUCAGCUGUCAGGAGAAACCAGUGCAAGAGAGAACAUUUUACCGUAAGGAUCAUCUCAACCAACACCUCCGCCUGAUGCACGACGCCAAGUUCCAACCGUGCAUGGAGAAAUGGCAAAGUAGUAUCACACAGAUUAAAUCCCGCUGUGGAUUCUGCGGCACUAUUUUCCAAACUUGGAAAGACCGGGUGGACCAUUUGGCUGGCCAUUUCAAAAAUGGAGCCAGCAUGGCUCAAUGGCAAGGGGACUGGGGCUUUGACCCUUCCAUUCAAGCUCGUGUCGAAAACGCCAUUCCUCCAUAUAUGAUUGACUAUGAGUGGCGAUCCCCUAAUCCCUGGGUCACUGAGCAAGCUAAGGGAGAUGAUUGGGAUGCUUCGGCACUCAAGCUUCCUGUCCCUACCGAUGUCAAUUGCUACCAUCGUCUUUCUCGUGAACUCACUGUCUAUAUACAAAACCAACAAGCCCAAGGCAUUAUUCCAACAGAUCAGAUGAUACAAGCAGAAGCUCGCACUGUCAUCUAUGGGUGUGACGAUCCUUGGAACCAGACCUGCGCAGACAAUAUUGUUUGGCUGAACGUCUUAAAGCGUGAUUGCGGAUUGCAAACUGCCGUGCAAAAUGAGAACCUCCAGUUUGCUGAUCUGGGGAUGCAACCCCCAUUUGCUGUCAAUGGUGGCCUUCGCGCUGCACCCCGGGAGAUGAAUAUGUUAGCUCGAACACUAUGCCAAGGUGCUGCCAUUUAUAGCCCUGCAGUCUCCAGCCCCAGUGUUCGAAGCCACGCUUUUCCUGGAACUGGAUUUUCCUCCGCCGGACCCAGUCGACCGGGGAGCUUUUCAGGCAGCUAUGCUGGUAGUGCAGGGAUGAUUUCAGCUGGCGCAGAUCCGUCAUUUUCUACGGAUUGGGCUAGUAGUCUUCCGACCACUGCAUCUGUGCCAGGAGAAAUGGCAACUGACCCUUUGGUACAAAUGGGCUUCGAUCCCGAAUUUCUGCAACGACUGAAUGACAGCUAUGGCGAAAUUAACUCCGAUGAUUUGGAAGGCUUGCAUAUAGCUGGCGCUGAUGGUCAAAAAUGUGCCGGACAACAAGGAUGGCAAAACACCAGCUUACUCAGUCAGGCUAUUUCCCAGCCUCCUAAGAGUGAGGUUUCUGUUCCAGACCCAAUGGUCAUUCAGAAUUUCAAAGAGGGCCACCUGCCUGUAUCAGAUGGUACCCAACAUGGCCUAGCUGGAUUUUUUGGCAAUCCUGGCAACUUUUGA